AAAUUGAAAAAUUAAUUGUUUGUAAAUAAACCAAAAUAAACUUUACUUAAAAUAGUGAUGUAAUGAGUAUACUUAUUGAAAUUGUACCUGUUUACAUUAUGUCUAUUAUAAAAUAUAAAUCAUUAUCAAUUCUGUGCCCAUAUUACUAAAGUUACUAAAAAUGUGUUCGCCUAGAGGAUUUGAAGAAAUUGUAAAACUUAAGUCAAGUAUUUCGGAGGCUAUUGAAGAAAUUUCUGAAUUAGACCCAGCAAGUUUAUCUUUAAUUGAUAAAAGUAUAAAUGAGAUCGAAGCUAAUAAUAGCGACCAUAUCUUACAAAUAGAAGGCUUAUUAGAUUAUAUGUAUGAACAGGUUAAUAUUGGAAAUUGGAAAGAAGUACGAUUAUUUUUGAGAAAAACAAUUACGAUCGCAUCCUAUAUUAAGUUAUUAAUCACCUUAAAAAACUGUAAUCAAGUGUCGAGUGACGUUUUAAAGGAAUGUUUUAAAAUCAUUGACUUUGGCAUACUAUUCGGCUGUCCUAUUAAAGCAGUACCCAGCUUGUUGCAAGACUGUGCUGCACUUUUAAAUAAUCUUUAUAAUUUUCAAAAGAAUUCUGAAUACAAAAUUGAUGAUAAUAAGUUAUUUGAUUGUGAUCAUGAUAUCAAAAAUAUAUAUAAUGCCACCAAUAUAGAAAUAAUAAAAUGUCCAAGCAUGGAGAAUUUUUAUGCCCAUUACAUUAAGAAAGAAACUCCUGUUAUACUUGAUAAUUGCAUAGACCAUUGGCCAGCAUUAUCUAAGUGGAAGGACCACAAAUACUUCCUGAAACUUGCUGGCUUCAGAACAGUGUCAGUUGAAAUAGGUAAAAAAUACACAGAUAGUGAUUGGACUCAGAAACUAAUUACCAUAGAAGAAUUUAUUAAGAAUUACAUUUAUGAAACAGAUGGUCCUAAAGGUUAUCUGGCUCAGUAUCAAUUAUUUGACCAAAUUCCUGAAUUAAAAGCAGAUAUAACCGAACCAGAGUAUUGCUGUUUUUCAGAAACCGAUGAGCCUGUUAACGUAAUGGCGUGGUAUGGACCAAAGGGUACAAUAUCACCUUUACAUCAUGAUCCCCCAAAGAACCUAUUAGCUCAAGUUGUUGGCGAGAAACAAAUAUUUUUGUUUUCACCAAAAGAUUCAGAAUAUUUGUAUUGUCAUGAGGAUGAAUUAUUAAAUAACACGGCUCAAGUUGAUCCAAGAGAGCCAGAUUUGGAUAAAUAUCCAAAGUAUAAACACAGCACACCCUAUUACUGUAGACUAAAACCUGGUCAAAUGCUUUAUAUACCUCCGAAAUGGUGGCAUUUUGUUGAAUCAUUAUCUGUCAGUUUUUCAGUUAGCUUUUGGUGGCAAUAGCACUUAUUUUUCUACUCUUAAAUCUUCCUGAUAUUUGAGUAAUUAUAUAAUCACUUAGAGUAUUUUUAAACCUUUAUAAUUAUACAAAUUAAAUUUGUAUCCAAAAUUUGUUAACUAUGUGGGACUUGAACCCAUAACCCCUUUGGUUCCGCCUGAGAGCUCUUACCAACUGAGCCAACUGUUUGAGUGAUGCCAUGUGUUGUUGUUGGGACGACGAGAAGACUCCUUGGUUGUAAUACGACUUUAUUAAUUUAACAAUAUAAUAUGAUGUCUUAAUACAUUAUAUAUUAAUGACGGUCAUUGAAGCAUUGCUGGAUGGUGGGCCCAAGAGCAGCGCCCGCGUCUACCCGGGCGCUCCUGGCCCCCCCUCGCUAAUGGGUUCAAGACUUGAACAUUCGUAAAUCUUGGUAUAUCUUGUUCAAUUCCUAGGUUAUGAUUCCAUCUACAGGAAUUUUUAAAGAUCAAAGUUUGUUUCUUCCUGAGUUCCUUUUUCAUGAGUUAAUGUGUGUAGUGAGUACACUUAUAAUAGUUCCAAGCACACUCACAACUGCUCAAAUUACCAAACUACCAAACCACCAACAUCCACAUUCAUUAUAUAAAUAUUUGCACCUUUAGCUUAGUAGGCAGGGUCACUAACCAUUGGGUUGUAUCACAGGAGCUAAAUCAUUGACAUUAUUAUCUGAUUGUAUCAUUUUAUGUCACCAUAUUAUGACAAAAUUUACAGCUACAAUUAUUUACAGUUUAAAAACUGAAAUUUUCAUUUGUGUGUGAGAAAUUUUAAAUGACAAUAUGAAAUAUUAGCAAUAAAACACCACAUUACAGUAUAUACAUUAUAUUAUUUUAUCACAUAUCCACAUUUAUUAUUAUUUUAUUUAUAUUCACUGUUUAGAGCUCUUCCGAUAAGCAUUCUUCGGACCUCGGAUGUCCCUGCACCAAUUUCAUAAAGUUUAGCAUCUCUAAGUAUUCUUCCGGUUGGAUAGUCAUUUAUAUAACCAUUUCCACCUGGAAAAAAAAAUGUGGGUAAUUUUAAUUCAGUAAAUUUCUGGACCUAAUGUAAACUUGAAUUACUACUUAUCUUAGAGAUUAUUGGUAUUGAAUAUAACAUGCAUGGUGGAAAGAAAUAAAUAAAAAUACAAAUAAAA